AGUUUUGCUCCUCCCCACCUCCCAGCCUCUGCCUCUGCUACCAGGAUCAGCACAGAGACGCACAGAGAGCAGUGAAGACAUGGAGGUGGCCAGCAAAAAACCCUCUCUCCCUUUCUUGCUAGUGAUGCUGAUCAGCGUCUCUCCAGAUAUCGUGGUCGCCCAAGCACCAACACCCCGCCGCCAGGUGAAUGGGACUCUGGGAGGAUCAGUCGUGCUGUCAGUGGAUCUAUCCCCCAAGAAAAAGGUGAAAGAAAUCGAAUGGAGCUUUCGUGCUGGGUCAGGUGUGACGCUCCAGCUGGCUGAGUUCAGUGGGGGGAAGUUUGAGCGACCCGAUCCCAACGACAGAUUUAAGCAGAGGCUAGAAAAGUACAACGAGACCUCGCUGAGGAUCAGGGCUCUGGAGCUGAGCGAUAGCGGAGUUUAUGAGGCCCGGAUUAAGAUAGUACCAGCAACUGUGGAGGAACAGACCUUUCUCCUCGCGGUCUAUGAGCCAGUGCCACAGCCCCGGAUCCGGAGUCAUCUGCUCACCAGCACGCUGGAGGGGUGCAACGUCACGCUGCACUGCCAGGGCUCGGGGAAGGGAAAUGUGAGCAUCUCCUGGGGCAGAGGGAACCCGGUCCAAGAGCUGGAUCCCAGUCGGCACCAGCUCUCCCCUGAUGGCAGGAUACUGCAGCUGUCUCUGCAGCCCAGCUCCCUGAAUGCCACCUACACCUGCACGGUCAGCAACCCUGUGGAUCAGAAGAUCGUCGCCUUCGACCUGCAGAGCAUCUGCCGCAGUGGAGAUGCAGACACGUCCUUCUCGAAGCCGGGGUACAUUGUGCUGACUUUCUUCCUGUUAGUGCUAAGCCUUGGGACUGCCGUCUGGUGUUGGCGGAUGAACAACGAGAAGUCGGCUGACCCGGCUGCCACCCCCACGGGCCCCGUGGAAGAAAGUCCGUCCGACCCGCAGUACGCUGAGAUCAUGAGGAGUCCCCCCGAAGGAAAUGACCAGGCCCUACGUCACCUGGAAAAUAACACGGAGCGGAGCCCACAGAAAGAGCCUCUAAUCACCACCAUCUACGACAAGGUCCACAGGACUCCCGAGAAUACAGCCGAGGAGGUCACAUAGGCCCCCAGGAACCAGAUGUGGUGGCGUAUCAGAGCUUACCAAGGGCUUUGAAGUGCAAUGUGUGCCCCACUCAAACUCUGUAGCCGAACGGUCUCCGUUCCACCCAUGAACCCGAAUGGAAGAAGACACCUUCUCCAGCUCUGGAGCCUGCCUCGUGACGCUUCCCCACCCCACCCUGAUGUUUCGGAACCUCGUGUGUGAAGCCCUCAGCAACUGUUUUGGGAAGGAGGAACCCGAGUGAAGGCGGAGGAGCGGACUCUGGGAGGGAACAGGACAUGCAGCUUCAGCGCUGGCGCCUGCAAAAGCAAAGGGCCGUGCGGGCUAAGGCGGGCCGGGGGAGAACACAGCACGGCUCUCCCCCCCGUGAGAGGACGUUAGCCAACCGGAUGGAGCCCGUCUCCAUGGUUGGUGCACUGUCCUCCAGCAGGAGCAGCGUCCCCUCACCAACCGCAGAGCAGGAUGGUGGCAAGAGGCAACGCGCCCCGGUGCAGAAUGGCCCGCGCCAAGAAGGAAACACUCACGUCUGAGCCUGGCCCGCUAGCUGCAUGACUGAAGAAGCAACGUUGGAAAAUGGGCUCCCCGGGGAUGGAGGCACCGUUCUGGCUGCGUGAUGCGGCAGGGCCGUGGGCUGGGAGGGACUUGGAUGCACCAUGUAUUUAUUUAUCUAUUAUUCCGUUUGAUAAUGCUAGCCCUGCAGGGUCGAUGCACACGUGACUGAGACAUCGGAUCCGGGGGCCUGUUCUCUUUGUGAUCGUUGGAGGAAGGGAAGUUUUCUGAAGUAGAAAUAGGAGCAGAUGGUGCUGUGGCUUGGGGGGAGGGGAACUAUCGGCGGAGGAGAGGAAGAUAGGAGUGUGUCUGAUUUACAGUUGACUGACUGAGGGUACUGGGGAUUCACUGAUCGGUAGAAACUGGCUGAGUAAACGGCAGUCAGAUUGCGGUUUGCCGCAGAACCGUCUGGAUCCCGUUG